AUGUCUGCAGAAACCGCAAAAAAAAUCGAUAACCUUAUCGAAAGCAACAAGGUGUUUGUUGCCUCAAAGACUUACUGCCCAUAUUGUAGGGCCACAAAACAGUUCUUCUCCACUGUGUACCCCGAGGCUUACGUAAUUGAGCUUGACGAGAUAUCCGAUGGAAGUGAUAUUCAGGAUUAUCUAUACCAGAAAACAGGCCAGAGAACAGUUCCAAAUGUUUUCAUCAAUGGAAAACACAUUGGUGGAAACUCGGACGUUCAGGCUUUAGGCAAGGAUAAGGUCAAGAAGCUCAUUGAAGCCAAACUAUGA